UGCAAGACAGCUUUUAGAAAGAUUGUCCAUCAGUAGCAGUAAAUAACAAUGGGAAAAAAAAUAAAAUCGUUAGUAAGCAAGAGCUGGCAUAAAUGCUACUUUUUUUUUUGUUUUUUGAAGGAGUGCCUCUAUAUUGGAGGUGUGAGAAGGAACGGAGUGAAACAGUUCUUGCGUGUCGAGGUACAGGAGAACAGUUUUGGUGCUCUGUAUGACAGGGAGCAGAUUUCAGUUGCAUAAACUGUCUUCUCUGAUUCUGAAAAUGUCAUGUCAGCAUGAGAGACAACACAGUGCUAAGGGCUUCAGUUCCUCUUGAGCAGAGUAGUGCGCUAGCCAAAAAGCAAUAGAUAUGAAGAUGAAUAAUGCAGAGCACUGGUUUCGAUGAUGCUGGGCUUUUAUGACUGGAUUCAUUAAGGAAUACAAAGAAAAUUCUUACAGGGAUCAAUAAUGGUGUCUUCUGGUUGCAGAAUGCAAAGUUUUUGGUUCCUGCUCAUUGUCAGCUUCCUGCAGUGUACUACUGAAGGUUUCAGCCGAGCAGCACUACCAUUUGGUUUGGUUAGGAGAGAGCUCUCCUGUGAAGGCUACUCCAUUGACCUCCGGUGUCCAGGAAGUGAUGUUAUUAUGAUAGAAAGUGCUAACUAUGGACGGACAGAUGACAAGAUCUGUGAUGCUGACCCUUUCCAGAUGGAGAACACAGAAUGCUUCCUUCCCGAUGCCUACAAAAUUAUGACACAAAGGUGCAACAACCGAACACAGUGUAUAGUAGUUACUGGGUCAGAUGUGUUUCCUGAUCCUUGUCCUGGAACAUACAAGUAUCUAGAAGUUCAAUAUGAAUGCGUUCCUUACAUUUUUGUUUGCCCGGGAACGUUGAAAGCAAUUGUGGACUCACCGUAUUUAUAUGAAGCUGAACAAAAAGCAGGUGCUUGGUGCAAAGAUCCUCUUCAGGCUGCAGAUAAAAUAUACUUCAUGCCAUGGACUCCGUAUCGCACUGAUACUUUGAUAGAAUAUGCUUCUUUGGAGGACUUCCAAAAUGGACGCCAGCAGACAACGUAUAAACUCCCAAAUCGAGUGGAUGGUACUGGAUUUGUAGUAUAUGAUGGCGCUGUAUUUUUUAACAAGGAAAGAACUAGGAACAUAGUAAAAUUUGACUUAAGGACUAGAAUUAAGAGUGGAGAGGCCAUAAUCAAUUAUGCUAAUUACCAUGAUACUUCCCCAUACCGAUGGGGAGGAAAGACUGACAUUGACUUGGCAGUUGAUGAAAAUGGCUUAUGGGUAAUUUAUGCUACGGAGCAGAACAAUGGGAUGAUAGUAAUUAGCCAGCUGAACCCCUACACCCUACGUUUUGAAGCAACAUGGGAGACGACAUACGACAAACGGGCAGCAUCCAAUGCAUUUAUGAUAUGUGGUGUCUUGUAUGUUGUCCGGUCCGUGUAUCAGGACAAUGAGAGUGAGACGGGCAGGAACUCCAUCGAUUACAUCUAUAACACCAGGUUGAGCAGAGGAGAGCACGUGGAUAUUCCUUUCCCUAACCAGUACCAGUACAUUGCUGCAGUGGAUUACAACCCCAGAGACAACCAGCUCUAUGUGUGGAAUAACAACUUCAUUCUCCGAUAUUCUUUGGAAUUUGGCCCACCUGAUCCUGCCCAAGUGCCUACUACAGCAGUGACAAUAACUUCUUCAGCAGAGCUAUACAAAACCACAGCGUCAACCACUAGCACUACAUCACAGAAAGGUCCAGUAAGCACAACAUUAGCUGGAGGAACAAAAGAAGGAAGCAGAGGACCCAAGCCACCGCCACCCGUUUCUACAACCAAAAUUCCCCCUGUGACGAGUUUUUUCCCUUUGCCAGAAAGAUUCUGUGAACCGACUGAGGCAAGGGGGAUUAGUUGGCCUCAGACACAAAGAGGAAUGAUGGUUGAACGGCCUUGCCCCAAAGGAACACGAGGAACUGCCUCGUAUCUCUGUGUGGUUUUAACGGGAACAUGGAACCCCAAAGGCCCUGAUCUUAGCAACUGCACCUCACACUGGGUAAAUCAGCUGGCUCAGAAGAUCAGAAGUGGAGAAAAUGCUGCUAGUCUGGCCAAUGAACUGGCUAAACACACUAAAGGACCAGUCUUCGCUGGCGAUGUUAGCUCAUCAGUGAGGCUGAUGGAGCAGCUUGUGGACAUUUUGGAUGCUCAGCUGCAGGAACUGCGACCCAGUGAAAAAGAUUCUGCUGGAAGGAGUUAUAACAAGCUCCAAAAACGAGAGAAGACAUGCAGGGCUUACCUUAAGGCAAUUGUUGACACAGUGGACAACCUGCUCAGGCCUGAAGCUCUGGAGUCCUGGAAAGACAUGAAUUCUUCGGAACAAGCCCAUGCAGCCACAAUGCUACUUGAUACAUUAGAAGAAGGGGCUUUUGUCUUGGCUGAUAAUCUCUUAGAACCAACCAGAGUCUCAAUGCCCACAGAAAAUAUCAUUUUGGAUGUUGCAGUGCUCAUUACUGAGGGCCAGGUGCAGGACUUGAAAUUUCCUCAGGGCAGUAAAGGAGGCAACUCAAUUCAGCUCUCUGCAAGCACUGUGAAACAAAACAGCAGAAACGGGCUAGCAAAGCUGGUUUUCAUCAUUUACAAAAGUCUGGGGCGUUUUCUUAGCACGGAAAAUGCAACCAUAAAGCUGGGCAGUGAUUUUGCUGGUAGAAACAGUACAAUUGCAGUCAACUCCCACGUCAUUGCAGCCUCUAUCAACAAGGAGUCUAGCCGAGUGUACCUGACUGAUCCUGUGUAUUUUACUCUGGAACACAUUGACCCUGACAAUUAUUUCAAUGCAAAUUGUUCCUUCUGGAACUACUCUGAGAGGACUAUGAUGGGAUACUGGUCAACUCAAGGCUGCAAACUGGUUGACACAAAUAAAACUCAUACAACGUGUGCUUGCAGUCACCUUACCAACUUUGCUAUUCUUAUGGCUCAUCGGGAAAUUGUGUACAAAGAUGGAGUACACGAAUUGCUCCUCACUGUCAUCACCUGGGUGGGAAUUGUCAUCUCUCUUGUUUGCCUGGCCAUCUGCAUCUUUACAUUCUGUUUUUUCCGUGGCCUGCAAAGCGAUCGUAACACUAUUCACAAGAACCUUUGUAUCAACCUAUUCAUUGCUGAGUUCAUUUUCCUAAUAGGCAUCGAUAAGACAGAGUACACGAUUGCAUGUCCAAUAUUUGCAGGUCUCUUACACUUUUUCUUCCUGGCAGCCUUUGCCUGGAUGUGUCUAGAAGGAGUGCAGCUUUAUCUAAUGCUAGUAGAAGUAUUUGAAAGUGAAUAUUCUAGGAAGAAGUACUAUUACGUUGCUGGCUACCUCUUCCCUGCUACAGUAGUUGGUGUCUCAGCAGCUAUUGACUAUAAGAGCUAUGGAACAGAGAAAGCUUGCUGGCUCCACGUAGAUAACUAUUUUAUAUGGAGUUUCAUUGGGCCUGUUACCUUUAUUAUUCUGCUGAAUCUUAUCUUCUUGGUGAUCACAUUGUGCAAAAUGGUGAAGCACUCAAACACUUUGAAACCAGACUCUAGCAGGUUGGAAAACAUUAAAUCCUGGGUCCUGGGUGCAUUUGCUCUCCUGUGUCUUCUUGGCCUAACGUGGUCAUUUGGCCUACUGUUUAUCAAUGAGGGAACAGUUGUGAUGACGUAUCUCUUCACAGUAUUUAAUGCUUUCCAAGGAAUGUUUAUUUUCAUCUUUCAUUGUGCCCUUCAAAAGAAAGUACGUAAGGAAUAUGGCAAAUGCUUCCGACAUUCCUACUGCUGUGGUGGACUACCAACUGAGAGUCCUCACAGUUCAGUGAAGGCAUCAACAACAAGAACAAGUGCUCGCUAUUCCUCUGGCACUCAGAGUCGUAUAAGGAGGAUGUGGAAUGACACUGUGAGAAAACAAUCUGAAUCUUCUUUUAUCUCAGGUGACAUCAACAGCACUUCAACACUUAAUCAAGGAAUGACUGGCAAUUACCUACUAACAAACCCUCUUCUUCGACCACACGGCACUAACAACCCCUAUAACACAUUGCUCGCUGAAACUGUUGUAUGUAAUGCCCCUUCAGCUCCUGUGUUUAACUCACCAGGACAUUCACUGAACAAUGCCAGGGAUACAAGUGCCAUGGAUACUCUACCGCUAAAUGGUAAUUUCAACAACAGCUACUCUUUGCGCAAUGGUGACUAUAACGACAGUGUGCAAGUUGUAGACUGUGGACUAAGCCUGAAUGAUACUGCUUUUGAGAAAAUGAUCAUUUCAGAAUUAGUGCACAACAACCUGCGGGGCAACAGCAAGAACCACAACCUGGAGCGCACACUGCCAGCCAAGGCUGUGAUCGGUGGGAGUAGCAGCGAAGAUGAUGCCAUCGUGGCAGACGCCUCAUCUUUGAUGCACAGCGACACCCCUGGGCUGGAGCUGCACCACAAAGAGCUCGAGGCCCCACUUAUUCCUCAGCGGACUCACUCCCUUCUGUACCAGCCCCAGAAGAAAGUGAAGACCGAGGGAACUGACAGCUAUGUCUCACAGCUGACAGCCGAGGCUGACGACCACCUCCAGUCCCCCAACAGAGACUCUCUCUACACAAGUAUGCCCAACCUCAGAGACUCUCCGUACCCAGAGAGCAGCCCCGAUGUUGAAGAAGAUCUCUCUCCUUCCAGGAGAAGUGAAAACGAGGACGUUUACUACAAGAGCAUGCCAAAUCUAGGAGCUGGCCAUCAGCUUCAGAUGUACUAUCAAAUCAGCAGGGGUAAUAGCGACGGCUAUAUAAUUCCCAUUAACAAGGAAGGAUGUAUUCCAGAAGGAGAUGUUAGAGAAGGACAAAUGCAACUAGUGACAAGCCUUUAAUAGUGUAGCAAAGAAAUAUUAAAGGCCAUGUACAAGUAUUAAAAAGACUUAAUUGGCCCUGUGCAGGCUCCCUCGUAUCUGCUUGAAGAGACAAUUCUGUUGACCCUGUGGUUCUCCUCUGUAAUGGGGAUGACUGGACCUCGCAGUUCUGUGAAUUUUUAUAAAACAAAAACUUUGUAUAUACACAGAGUAUACUAAAAUGAAUUAUUUGUUACAAAGAAAAUACCAACAAGGUAUUUUAAGAUAUCUUCUGCUGCUGAAUUUAACAAAAUUGUGAAAAAAGAAAUAAAACACUUUCCAGCCAUUUUACUGCAGCAGUUUGUGAACUAAAUUUGUAAAUAUGGCUGCACCAUUUUUUUUUUCCUAGGCCUACAUUGUAUUAUAUACAAGGCGUAGGCUCUAAAAUCCUGUGGGACAAAUUUACUGUACCUUACUAUUCCUGACAAGACUUGCAAAAGCAGGAGAGAUAUUCUGCAUCAGUUUGCAGUUCACUGCAAAUCUUUUCCAUUAAGGCAAAGAUUGAAUACAUGUCUAACCACUAGCAAUCAAGCCACAGGCCUUAUUUCAUAUAUUUCCUCAACUGUACAAGGAACCGUUCUCAUGAAAAAAAUGGCUAAAGAAAUUAUAUUUUGUUCUAUUGCUAGGGUAAAAUAAAUACAUUUGUGUCCAACUGAAAUAUAAUUGUCAUUAAAAAUAAUUUUAAGAGUUUGAAGAAAAUAUUGUGAAUCGCUCUUGGUUGCACAUAUAAGCUGUUUUUCUUACACUCUGUUCAUAGUACAGUAGUAAGUUUAAAAUGCAAGUUCUGCCCGUUUUUCACUUAUUUUUCACUGUAAACAGUGUUCUGCUUUGACAAGUUAGGUUUUGUUCUUUUCUUUUUUUAAUUUUUAUUGCCAAAAACAUAAUUUGGGGAGAAAAUUGUUUUAGAAGCCAAUUAUGCCAAGCCUUGCACAAAUUUGGUAUAGGUAACAAAGAUUGUAACUCAGUUCCCUGUUCAUUCUUAACCAGGGUUGGGUGGUAAGGGGCAAAGGGGACACUGGACACUUCUCACAAACUUUCUCGUGAAUAAAAGGUGCCUGUCCUUUAAAAAAAUAAAUAAAACAUAACUAUUACUCUUCCAUAUUCCUUCUGUCUAUAUUUAGUAAUUAAUUUAUUUUAUGAUAAAAAUCUAAUGAAAUGUAAAUUGUUUCAACUAAAUUCUGCUUUUUUCAUCCCUUUGUGUAAACUUGUUAAUAAUGAGCCCAUCACUAAUAUCCAGUGUAAAGUUUAACACCUGUUUGACAGUAAAUAAAUGUGAAUUUUUUUCCAAAUAGGUAAAAUGUGCAUUAUUAUGUACAAAGCAUAAUUGGCAUCAGCAAGUCCUUUGACCCAGCUGUAUCCUGCUUAGAAUGGCUUCUUUACAUUUUAUGAUUUAAGUGUUGAGAAUACAACAGAAACUGUCUGUGUAGUGCUACAGAAGAGUUCAUCUUUACUAUUCAUUACCUUAGUCACAAUUAAAUAGGAUCAAAUUCAGACAUAGCAGGGUCAUUGGGAAAAAGUACUGUAAUUUCAUAUAUUUACACAGUUUUUAAGUAGGCAUAUGUAUUGAAAUAAAAUACCACUAUCAUAGUCUCAGCAACAGUAAUUAGCAGUAAUUAUUAUAGUGAUGAAGAUAUAUUCUUGUAGCAGGGAAAACGUAAGCAGCAUUUGGGUAGUACUCAGAGUGCUAUACAAAUAAUCAAUCCAUCACCGUUUUGAAUUAGAUAAAUGAGCAUGACUGCCCUCAUUUCUAUCAGACAGGAAAACUGCAGAAGGCAGUCCAAGAUGUUAUCUACAAAUAAGUGGCAAAAUUGGAAGUCUGAAAUCUUUGUUUCCUUGGUUCCCAAGCCUCUUUCUGUCCCUCUAACACCAGGGCUUCUCACAGAUCAUGCCAAGGACUUCAUUUGUUACAGCUUCCGAAAAUGCUUUCCUUCAUUAUCACAGAGGCCACUGUUUCACGUGUGGACAGUGUGACUGAAUACAGGCAUGACAACAGCAAAAAUUCAUUUGAAAGCCUUAUAAAUUCUAAGUUGCUUCUAAACUGCUAGUAUGUAUAAAGCUCCAUUAGGAAUAUAUAUUGAUGCACGAUAGUUUUGCAUAGGUGCAUUUUGAAAAAGUUUGGAUUUCAAAAAAAUUCUGGGGGCAAGAAUUCCUGGUAUUGAGACAGAUCUAACUCUAUAAAAAAUACCUGGGUAAAGGUAACCUCAUAGCUCAGAUAACCUCAGUAUAUCUGUAAUCAGGCCUGUGACUGUAGCAGUUAUCACUGAAGACAAAGGCAUCUUUACUGUAUCCUACUGGUAGUUCUUGCCAGUAAGUUCCUUAAUACUUAGAAUUUACUAUCUUCAUGUCAAAGUCAUUUAAAAUUUAAUCAGAAACUGUUUACUUCUGUGUAAUAGAGAUGCUUUAAAAAAAUCUGAAGUCUCUGUGAAGUAAGGGUUUGUUCUGAUUCAGGGUAUACCAGCAGACAAUUUGGAGCAAAAUGAUUCCCUUGGUCUGCCUGGCAACUUAAAAACAUACCUGCUGCCUUCUACCUAGGAAAUCACAUCUUAGGGAUUUAAACCCAUGGUGCUCAAGUAAUUACAGUACAUGACCUAGUAACAUCACCAGCUUUCAGCAGAAUAUUCCACCCUAAUUCAAGCGAGUACUCCUUUGUGUCACAUUGUCUAACUAGCAGUGGUGAAACUAUAUGCUGGAAGGUUUGUAGCAUUGUGAUACUAAAAAUAUAACCAAUUGCAAAUGUAACAAGUAUUCAUAAAAUAAAAGAAAAUUGAGCUGAUGAACCUAAGAUGAACCAGCUGAACCUAAGUAUCACACCGGAAUUCUUUUGUUAGCUUCUUUGUAGUAAAGAUGUUGCUUUUUAGCAAGCCUGUUUUUGUUUUUUUUUUUUUUCCUUUUUAUUUUUUCUUUUAAUGUUUUGAUAGUGAAAUGUCCUGUGUUUAGCUAGCAGCUAGCAGGCAAUAGCUUGCCAAAUUUCUGUUGGUGUAACUUCUCAGUGUAGUAGAUUACAAUAUAAUUAUAUAGCCGACAGCUUAUUGUAAUUUCUUUGUGUUCUCUCUCACGUUCCUGCCAUCUUGUCUUGGGAUCAGAAGGACAGAAGAAUUGAGAGGAAGAGUUCAAGAAUGGCAAAAUAAUGACAGCAGAAUUAAUGGAAACAAGUGUUUGUCCAGGGUCACCAGUUAACCAGUUCCUACGAUGGUGCCAAGGAUAUGCUGCUAUUUUAGGCACUGUCUUUCAGAAGAGCUGUAAUUUUCUUAUGGCUAGUAAUCUCCUGUUAGUAUCAGUGUUAACCCUACUGGCUCCAUCCAAUUCUUCCUUGUAACUUCAGUCCAGUUAUAUUCCAGCAAAAGAUUAAAUGGGAUGUGCAUUUAGUGAACUGUUGUAUAAUGGUGCUAUGCAUUGUUUAAUAUAAAAUACAUCUCAAUUCUACAUAAGUGAACCAUAACAUGAAGAAAUGCAACACUGGUAAUACCUUUAUAGUUAGAAUUAACCUUUAUCUGUGAACUCUACAAUCCACCUUUGCUUCUUUUAAAUUGGAAAUGAAAUUACUAAUAAAGUUUACAUACAUUCACUUACAUAGACAAUAAAAGGUGUUUCAAAUUGA